AUGGCUUUGUCACAUGCUUACCUCGACUCCGCAGGAGCCGCCGGAACUCCGCGGGUGGGGGUUGAUGUGCCGGUUCAACAGCAGGACGUUUACCUGAGAAGUCGUGAGGCUUCGAAACUGGUUAGUGAACAGAGGCGUCUUAGCGCAGCCCUCACAGCGCUUAUGGCGCUGGGAGCCGCACUCGCCGUUGCAUUUGUGGUUGUGAAGUGCUUUAAAGCACUCAAAUACAAUCAAAAGCGUAUUUUAGAAGAUGGAGCCCGAAUAUUAGCCGAGGGAGAACCUGACCAAUGCUCUGAGCUGGUUGGAACGACGCGAGGCAUAGGUGACGUCAAGUGGGCUUUACGCUUUCGUCUACCCGGUUGCUGCAAGUAG